CCGAAUUGUGCUCCUCGUGAACCUGGCCCUUGUCUCCGGACAGGCGGUGAACCCGGUUGCCAAGGUGGUCUCCCUGCUGUCCGACAUGCAGACCACCAUCAAGCAGGAAGGCAAAGCCGAGGAUGCACGCAUCACGAAGUUCAACAACAACUGUGAGCUUCGCGCCGCGGAGCUGCAGUACCAGAUCAAGACCGCCAAUGAGGACAUCGAGGAGCUGAGCGCGCGCAUCAGCAAGGCAGCCGGGAAGGCUGAGACUUUGGCUACCACGCUCCAGGAGACAACUGAGAGCAUCGCUUCCAGCGAGGCUGACCUCGCAGCGGCCACGGAGGUUCGCGGCAAGGAGGCCAGCGACUUCAAGGCUGCUGAGAAGGAUCUCCUCGACACGGCGGCAACAGUGGAGCGUGCCAUGUCCAUGUUGGAGAAGAAGGAGGCCAAGGGAGAGGCCCUUGUUCAGGUCAAGAAUGCUGGAAGCCUCCUCCAGGCUGUGCAGGCUAUGAUGGACGCCUCUGUGAUUGGUCACCAGGAUGCCAAAACCCUGACUGCCUUCCUCCAGGAUGCUCAGGCUCCAGAGCCCGCCACUUAUGAGUCAAAGACAGGUGGUGUGACUGAGAUGCUGGAGGACAUGCUGGACAAGUCCAAGGAUCAGCUCAUGGAGCUGCGCAAGAAGGAGACUGAGGCCAAGCACAGCUUCGAGAUGGUCUCCCAGUCCCUGGCCGAUGAGAUCAAGUUCGCCAAGGCGGCCAUGGAGAAGACCAAAAAGAGCCAGGCAGAGCAGGCGCGUAUCAAGGCAGAGUCGGAGAAGGAUCUGCAGCAGACAAAGACCUCCCUGGCCCAGGAUCAGAAAUCAUUGAGUGAUGUGACCAUGGACUGCAAGCAGGAAGUCGCUGACUACCAGGAGGAAACCAAGAGCCGAGGCCUUGAGCUUGAGGCGCUCACGGCUGCCAAGGCAGCCCUGGUGGACCUCAAGCAUUUCGAGGUGGUGCGCAUGGUGCGCACUCUUGGUCAGAAGCUAGGAGACCAUCAGCUUGUCCUCCUCUCCCGCCGCAUGGAUGGCAUGCUUCGAACUGAAGCAGGAGCUGACGUCUUCGCCAAGAUCAAGACCAUGCUCUCGGACAUGAUCACCACUAUGCAGGAGAACCUGCAGGCCGAGGCUACCAAGAAGGCUUACUGCGACAAGGAGAUGGGUGAGGCGGCAGACAAGAAGACCGCCAAGGAGGCAGAUCUCGACGAUGUGAGCACUAAGAUCGAUGCUGCCGCAUCCAAGUCUGCCACGUUGAAGAAGCAGGUGGUGGCCAUCAAGGCCGAGCUUACAACACUGGCAGAGACCCAGGCGAACAUGACCGCACUGCGCCAGGAGGAGAAGGCCAUCUUUUCCAAGAAGGAACCCGAGACGGUGACCGGCAUGGAGGGCGUGAAGUCGGCCUUGAAGAGCCUGCGUGACUUCUACAAGAACUCCGGCGUCACGGUGACCAGCGGCGAGCGCAAGGGUGCGGCUGGCGGUGUCAUUGGCCGCCUCGAGGAUGUGGAGGCUGACAUGGCCAUGAGCCUCUCCCAGAUGCGUGCUGCCGAGAAAACUGCCCAGACCAACUACGAGCGAGACACUCAGGACAUGAAGAGCCAGAAGGAGAAGGACGUCGAGUACAAGACGACCGAGGCCCAGCGCCUGGACACGGAAAUCAAUGAGUUGAACGCCGACCAGGAGAGCAUGCAGACUGAGAUGAGCGCCAUCCUCGAGUUCACGAAAGGCCUGGAGGCCGAAUGCCUGGUGACCCCCGAGUCUUUCGCCGAGAAGCAGGCCAAGCGCCAGCAGGAGAUCGAUGGCCUCAAGGAAGCCCUGACUGCUUUGGAUGCCACUGCCGGCACCGCGCUGCUGCAGCGUGGACCCCGCGCCCUUCGCGGCCACGGCGUGCUCAAGGCCUGA